CCCGAACAGAACCGCCCCCAUCUCUCCAGACAGGAGGGAAGCCACCAAAAUGUCUGACUGCAGGAGGCAGUGGAACCGGGAGGAUGAGCUCCCGGUUUAUCUGGCGGGGCCGAUCAGCAGCGGGCCGAACCAGCGCAAAAGCUACGGCAUGUUCAGCUCCGUGGAGGGUGCGUUCGACAGCAAGACCAUAGACUUCGAUAGCUACGCGGUGGGGAGGAAAGGGAGCCGCACCCCGAGAAGCAGGAGUCGGGAGAGGAUCCUGGACUCCGGCGACCCUGUAGAGAAGACGCCCGGUGAUGCCCGGGAGGGGUCACAGACCAACUCCACCGGAGAGAUUGACGGUACUGGAACCGGUGCUGAGGUCCAAUUUGCAGAAGAGGAAAAUCUACCUGGAAAGGAUGGAAGGUUGCUGAUCAAAGGAGGCAGAGUCGUCAAUGAUGAUCAGUCAUUCUAUGCAGAUGUCUUCAUCGAGGACGGCCUCAUCAUGCAGGUGGGGGAGAACCUGGUUGCUCCAGCUGGUGUCAAGGUGAUCGAGGCCAACGGCCGCAUGAUAAUUCCCGGGGGGAUCGACGUUAACACAUGCCUGAUGAAGCCGUAUCUCGACACGCAGCCUGUUGACGACUUCCUGCAGGGCACCAAGGCAGCUCUUGCUGGAGGCACCACCAUGAUCAUUGAUCAUGUGACCCCUCAGCCAGAGGGCAGCCUGCUGGAGGCGUUUGAGCGCUGGCAGGAGGCUGCAGAUAAAAAGGCUUGCUGUGACUACUCUCUUCAUGUAGACAUCCCCAAGUGGAAUGAAACCGUUAAAGAUGAGCUGGAAAUGCUGGUGCAGGAUAAAGGUGUCAACUCCUUCCAAGUGUUCAUGGCCUACAAUGACCUUUAUCAGAUGACAGACUCUGAGCUGUACGCAGCUCUCUCUUUCCUGAAGGAGCUGGGUGCCGUGGUGUUGGUUCACGCUGAAAACGGAGACCUGGUAGCAAAGGAGCAGAGAAAAAUCCUCGGAAUGGGAAUCACAGGCCCUGAAGGGCACCCUCUGAGUCACCCUGAAGAGCUGGAGGCUGAAGCGGUUUUCCGUGCCAUCACUCUCGGAAACCGUGUCAACUGUCCUGUCUACAUCACGAAGGUGAUGAGCAAGAGUGCAGCCGACACCAUCGCUCAGGCCCGGAGGAAAGGCUCUGUGGUUUUUGGGGAGCCAAUCACAGCUAGCCUGGCCACGGACGGCUCUCACUAUUGGAGCAAAAACUGGGCCAAGGCAGCAGCUUAUGUGACCUCUCCACCUCUGAGUCCUGAUCCCACAACCCUGGAUCACCUUCACACGCUGCUGGCCUGCGGGGACCUCCAGGUGGUGGGCAGCUCUCACUGUGCGUACAGCACCUCCCAGAAGGCGAUCGGUAGAGAUGACUUCACACUGAUCCCAGAAGGAGUCAACGGAGUGGAGGAGAGGAUGGGUUUUGUGUGGGACAAGGCUGUGGCCAUGGGGAAGAUGGAUGAGAACCAGUUUGUUGCAGUCACAUCAACCAAUGCUGCGAAGAUCUUUAACCUGUACCCACGUAAGGGACGCAUUGCUGCAGGCUCCGACGCUGACAUCGUCAUCUGGGACCCUGACAGUGUCAAAACCAUCACAGCGAAACUCCAGCAGUCGGCUGCAGAAUACAACAUCUUUGAAGGUCUGGAAUGCCGUGGUGGCCCAGCGCUUGUGUUGAGCCAAGGUCAGAUAGUUUACGAAGGAGGCAAGCUGCAAGUCCAGCAGGGAACCGGUCGGUUUAUUCCACGCAAACCCUUCCCAGACUUUGCUUACCAACGCGUCAAAUUCAGAAAUCAGGUGAAGAAUAAUCAGGGUGUCACUCGUGGGAUGUAUGACGGCCCUGUGUAUGAAGUCCCCUCUAUACCCAAGUACAUCACUCCUUCUCCGUCUGCCAAAACCUCGCCCACCUCUCACCAGCCGCCACCGAUUCGCAACCUGCACCAGUCCAACUUCAGCCUUUCAGGUGCUCAGAUUGACGACAACGUCCCUCGCAGGUCUGGCCACCGCAUCGUAGCGCCCCCUGGUGGCCGCUCCAACAUCACCAGCCUUGGUUAAACAGCGCACAUCUGGCCGCGGUGUAGUUUUACCGUUUUGAGUGUGCUGGACUGUACGAGAGGCAUAAAUGAAGACCUUUGUAUGUUUUGGUAGUUAUGCACUCUUUGAUGAUCAGAUUAGGCACAUUCAUGCUUUUAGAAGAAAAAUGUGAUUAACAAUCAACAAACUGAUUCAAAACAAACUCCUCUCAUCCAAAGUGUUUCAUCAGAUUGUUUUGUUCUUCCUCUUAAGCGUGACCUUCUUCUUCCUCACCUCCCACUGCUGAGUCUGCUCAGACACGGUGCUACUUUUCUGCCACCUGGUGGACAGCUGAAGGAAGAACACCUCAGCUGACUAAUAGAGCAGUGACAUUUAUUGCAUGGAAAAGUUUUAAACAUUUGCACUAUUUGUGGAGAGCAUCUAAAUCUGCACUUUGAACCACGUCUGUAUUCAACAGCACAAAAAUAUGUGUACGCUUUUAGUGAUAACGACAUUCCCUGUGCACCACCUGCUCUAAAACACAUAAAUCCAUAUAGAUAUUUCUGUAUAUGCAAUAAAAAUAGUUGGAUUUCUUCCACCUGAUGUAUGCACAUGUGUCUCCUUUAAAAUGUGACAGCAGGUCAGCAGAUGGAUAAACUGAUGCAACAGGCUUUCACAGACUGCAGUGUUGUAUAUUUGUGUUGCCAGAAAUGCAUCUGGCAUCCCCCUCCCAACUUUAGGUUUAUCUUUUAAUGAUCUUUUGUUUUUUUUACCAUUAUUUUGUUACCUUUAGUGUUGCUGGUGUGCUUUUAUUCUGGUGUCUCCGGUGAAAUUGUCAAUAAAGACUUGACUGUUGUCAGACAACACAGAAAA